UCUUUAUUCUAUAUAUCCUGGUGCUCUUUCCUCUUCCUUCUUUAUCCUCCAAAUUAGAGAAAUCUCAGAGUCUCGAAAUCUAAACCCUAAGGAUUCCAAUUCCCCCAAAUUCAAUCUCAAAACCCUCCAAUUUCUCCCCAAAAUGUAUCGAAUUAGUCGUUCAUUCUUCUAAUCUCGAAGACUAAUACAUACACAAUCUCAUAAUCCACCAAGUGAAACAUUAAAGAAAACAAUAUCAGAAAUGAGGAAAAAGAAGAAGAAUAUGACGAAUCGAAGCAAAAAGAAUGAUGAGUUUUUAGUUGAAGUACCAGAAUCGAUGGCUUAUUUAGAUACACUUAAAAUUCCUGUUGUUCUUGUUGCUGUUGCUGUUGCUGUUGCUCUAUUCGCCAAAGUUCUCGUGCUGUAUGAUGAAUCAAAAUCUCAAGAGAGGAUUGAGCGCAAAAUUAGGAAUGCUCCUGAAGGUCAAGGGACGGUUAGGAUGCUUAGUCCUGAAGAAUGGGAGGAAAUCCAAGAAGUGAGGCCAAGGACUCCUUUCGAAUCCAAGCUUGCUCGUCCAAAUGCACGGUUAAGAACUGAUGAACCACUUCGCAUGGGGGGUGUCAAAGACUGGGGUAUCGAUGUGCUCACAGAUGCACUUACUAGAGUGGAAGAAAGUAUCAGACGCUGUGCCAAGUAAUCGUUUGAUUACCCAACUACGACAACAACUGGAUUAAUGUACAGUUCCAAUUCCUGAUGGAGCGUUGAGGACUCUAGCAUGUUAGGCCUAACAUUGACUAAAGUUGUGCAUUGAAGAGCUCCUUAUGGUCAUAUGAUUUAAGAAGCAACAUGAUGAUGGAUUACACGGCUACCAAAAUACAUACUUGUGGAUUCAAAAUGGAUAAGAAAUUUUACAUUCCAACCACUCGAUCCUGAAAAAAAUUUGGGCAAUUUUUUUCAUGUCACAGUGUUUUGUUACAUUGUUUUUGUCUACAAAAAAUUCUGUACUGUCAGUUGUAUAUAUCCGACAGUGUGAUUAAAGUCCAUCAAAGUACACUUUGGUCAAAUUAGGGGAACAUCA